AGAAAAACUAUUUUUAUGGGUCACUUAUCAGCAUUAUUAAGAAAAAACUGGAUUUUAUGGAAGAGAAGUUGGUUCUGCUCUUCACUUGAAUUGAUUAUACCAUUAUUUUUAAUUCUUGCAUUAGGAGGAAUAAGGUAAUUCUUAAAUUCAUGUAAGGUCUGCUGUUGAAAAAGAAGAUGUUUAAGAAGCUAAUUUUUAUGAUCCUAAUAAUUUGAAGGGUUGGAAAGGUCCUGAAUUUUUGAUUCAACUAUAACCUUACAUAGACGAAUAAAUAAUAGAGAAGAAUUUAAUUUAAUAUGGUCUAAGAGAUCCUAAUCUUGAUAUAUCAAGUAAUUUAAAGAAAUUGAAUACAACAACAAGACUUGGUGUGUUACCAACGAUGAAGUAAUAUAAGAAGGUUAUUUUAGGAACUGUUUAGAUAAUUAUAGAUAAGAUUAGAAGAGAUAUUGGAGAAAUGGUGAUGUAGCAUUGGGUCCAAGUGCUGAUCAUCCUAUAGUAUAAGAACUUACAGAAAUAUUUACAAGUAAGACUUUAUUAUUUAUUUAUAGAGUAUUAUCACUAUAAUGUUAAGAUAUUUAAGAAUAGUUAAGAAUUGGAUAAUUAUACAUCAUCAUCUAAUUAUGGAGAUCCUAAUUAUCCAAGAAUUUGCUUUGGUGUUAUGUUUAAUGAAUCUAAUACAAAUGUUUAUGAUUAUUAAUUAAGAUUCAACUCAAGUGGUAGGGUUAACAAUGAAAUACCUCCUACAGAAAAUGUAGACAUCGAUCCUAUUAAAUAUGAAGAUUUGAAAAAAUCUGAAACAUAUUUAAAAUCUGGAAUGUUAACUGUUUAAAACUUUAUUGAUAAUAUUAUUAUAAGGAGAGAAGUUGCAUCAGAUGCUAAGAUCACUCCAACUUACACUUUUAGUAUAUUGUUAUAUAAUUAUUAAAGUUCGUAGAAGAGAAGGAGUUGUAGAUAGUUUUGCUGAAUUUUUAAGAGGAGGAUUUGGUAUAUAUUUAAUAUUACCAUUGAUGAUUAUAUAUUUAAGAAUGACUUAUGCUAUUAUUUAUGAGAAAGAGAAAAAGUUGAGAGAAGGAAUGAAAAUGAUGGGUUUAUAUAAUACAUCUUUUUAUCUUUCUUGGAUAAUUUAAUAUUUUAUCAUUUACACCAUAAUAUCUAUAAUAGCAACUAUUUUGCUUAAAGGAAUGGUUUUUAAAAACACUGAUGGAUUUGUAUUAUUCAUUAAUUAUUGGCUUUUUUGUAUGGUUUUAAUAUUUUAAUCAAUGUUUAUAACGUAUUUAAAUUUAUUAAAUUUAGAGUAUUUUUUACUAGAGCCUUAUUUGGAUUAAUUGUAGCAAUAGUUUGGUAUUUAUUAAUGUACAUGGUAAUAAGUUUAGUUGGAAGUGGAUAAAAUUUAGUACCCGAAGCAACUUAUUGGGGUGCAUCAAUAUCUAGUCAUGCUGGAAUGUCAUUUGCUUUUGAUGUUAUGAUUUUAUUUGAAACUUAAGGAAGAGGAGUAUCAAUGUCUACUAUAGGAACAAAGGUUGAAAAUUAUGCUGUAAAUAUGGCAUUAUCUAUGCAUAUACUUAAUAUAUUCUUUUAUUUGAUUAUGUCAAUUUAUUUAGAUCUUGUAUUUCCAAAUGAAUGGGGAAAGAAAUUACAUCCUUUGUUUUGUAUUCCUUAUUUUAAUAAACCACAUAGAAAUUAAGAACUUUAAAGAAAAAAGUCAUCAUAAAUUUAUUAAGAAAGAUUUGAAGAAGUGGAAUAAGCAUUGAAAGAUUAAGAAACAAGGAGGGAAGUUUUAUAAAUAUAAAAUUUAACUAAAAUAUAUCCAAGUGGUAAAUAGGCUGUAAGUAAUGUUAAUUUAACAAUGUAUGUUGGAUAGAUUUAUGCAUUACUUGGACAUAAUGGAGCAGGUAAAACAACUACUAUUUCAAUGUUAACUGGAUUAUUAGAUAUUACUGAAGGAUAAGCAACAGUUUUUGGAUUAGAUGUUGAAACAUAAAUUGAAGAGAUUAGAUCAUUUAUGGGAGUAUGUCCAUAACAUGAUAUAUUAUUUGACAAUUUAACAGUUAAAGAGCAUUUAGAAAUGUUUGCUACAUUUAAGGGAAUGAAACCUGAAGAGAUUCCAGUAGCUGUAAGAAGAAUGAUUGAAGAUGUAGAUUUAUUAGAAAAAACAGAUUAUUUAAGUAAGAAUUUAUCAGGAGGAUAAAAGAGAAGAUUAUCAGUGGCUAUUGCAUUUAUAGGAAAUUCUAAAUUAAUUUAUUUAGAUGAACCAACAUCAGGUAUGGAUACAAGUGCAAGAAGAUACAUAUGGGAAAUGUUGAAAAAUUAUAAAGAAGAUAGAAUAAUAGUAUUAACAACUCAUUUUAUGGAUGAAGCAGAUUUCUUAGGAGAUAGAAUAGGUAUAAUGGGUGAAGGUAAAUUAUAAUGUUCAGGAAGCAGUGUCUUUUUAAAAAAUUAAUUUGGAAAUGGGUAUAAUUUAACAAUUGUAAAAGAGAGUACUUUAGCAGAAUCAGAUCCAAUAAUUGAAUUAAUUUAAAAGGUAUGUCCUGAAGCUGUACUUAUUUCAAAAGUAUCAGCAGAGAUUCUAUUGUAAUUACCUUUGUAAGCAAUUUAGAAAUUUCCUUAACUCUUUGCUGAAUUAGACAAAAAUCUUAAAAACCUACACAUUUAAAGUUAUGGAAUUAGUAUUACAACAUUAGAAGAGGUAUUUUUAAAAGUGGCUCAAAUAGGAGCAGGUCAUCAUUAAGUUAAUGAAUAUAUGGAGAAGGAGGAUUAAAAUAAGGCAGCUAUGUAGAUAGAUGAUUUUGAUAUCAAUUAGAUUAGAAUAAUAAGUUCUAUUUAAUUGUUUUUCAAUCACACUUUAGCAUUGAUUAUAAAAAGAUCUCGCUAUUUUAAAAGAGAUAUUAGAAGUUUGUGUUGUGAAAUAUUAUUGCCUUGUUUAGUAGUUUUAUUAGGUUUGAUUUUAAUGACUAUUGAAUUUAUCACUGAACCAGAAAUUGUUUUAUUAACACCACCUUCUAAAUGUUAUUCAACUGAUAUUACCUAUUUAUGGGGAGGCAUAAAUGAUCAAGAUUUAUUUAAGAAUAUUUAAAUUUAAGUUUAUGAUGAGAAAUAAUAAGUAUUUGGAGAUGCAACAAUGAAUAACUUAGAAAAAAUAGAUCAAAAUUAUUUUGAUACAUCUGAUUUAAGAACAAAUAUAGGUUGGUAUUAUUUAACAUCAAAUACAAAUAAUGAUUUCUAAUAUUAUAUGUUCAUUAACUCUAUUUUCAGAGAAGGUCCAUUAGUUAUGCUAAAUCAGAUUAAUUAAGCAAUACUUAAAUAAUAAAAAGGAGAUGACUAUGGUAUAAAUGUAACAAAUUAUCCACUAAAAAGAACAUAUGAAGAAUUGUAAGGUCAAAGUUUAGUAUCUGGAUUUUUAGCUGCUUUAGUAUUUUCAAUGGGAAUGGCAUUUAUUCCUGCAUCAAUCAUAUCAUAUAUUGUAAAAGAAAGAGAAAUAAAUUUAAAACAUUAACAAUUGGUUUCUGGUGUAUCAGUUAAAGCCUAUUGGUUUAGUAAUUGGUUAAUGGAUGUUGGAAAACAUAUUGUACCAUCAAUAGUUUCUUGUUUAUUAAUUUUAGCAUUUGAUAUUACUGCUAUGAUUGAAGAUGAAAAUUAUGGAUUUUCUUGGCUAAUCUUUUUUUUAUAUGGUUGGGCAAUAAUACCCUUUUGUUAUUUAUUUAGUUUUGUUUUUAAAUAAUAGGGUAAUGCAAUGCUUAUAAGUUUCUUUUUACAUUUAGUUGUUGGAUCUAUAAUCAGUUUAGUUGUUUAUAUUCUUAGAUUAAUAUAAUCAACCAGAGAUGUUGCGAAAAUAUUAUAAUGGAUUUUUAGAUUCAUACCAUCUUUCUCUUUUGCAUAUGGUAUUGUCAAUUCAUGUUCAAAAGCUACUUAUAAAGUUCUUGAGGGAUGGACUGAAAUGAAAAGUACAUAUGAUAUUGAAGUUGCAGGAGCAGAUCUUAUAUUCUUAGCAUUUACUGGUGUUUUAUAUAUCAUUCUAGUUUUUAUUAUUGAAUAUUUUGAAGACAAUGGAUAAUUAUAAAAAUUGGGAUCAAAUGAAUAAAGUAUUCCUUAUAUUCAAAAACCUAUUGAUGAUGAUGUUGCUAAAGAAAACCAACUUUGUGAAACUUACAAACCUAAUGAAAAAGCUAUUCUUGUUAAAAAAUUAAGAAAGGUUUUUAUGUUAGGUGCAGGAAAACAUAAAGUUGCUGUUGAUCAAGUUUCUUUUGCUAUAGAUUAAGGAGAGGUAUUUGGAUUACUUGGAGUUAAUGGAGCUGGUAAAACUACUACUUUUAAAAUAUUAUCUGGAGAGUUAAAACCUACAUAUGGAGAAGCUUAUAUUGCUGGAAAAAGUGUUAUUAAUGAUUUAGAAGCUGCUAGAGUCAAUAUUGGUUAUUGUCCAUAAUUUGAUGCUUUAUUAGAUAAUAUUACUGUAAGAGAACAUAUUGAAUUAUUUUCUGAUAUUAAAGGUAUUCCUUAUUUCAAGAAAGAAGAUUUAGUUGAAAAAAAACUUGCAGAAAUGGAUUUAAAAAGAUUUGAAAAUAUCUAAGCUGGUUAACUUUCUGGAGGAAAUAAAAGAAAAUUAUCUGUUGCUAUUGCAAUGAUUGGAAAUCCUCCUAUUGUAUUUUUAGAUGAACCAUCAACUGGUAUGGAUCCUGAAGCUAGAAGAUUUAUGUGGAAUGUUAUAUCAAGAAUUGCUACUCAAAGAAAAUAAAGUACAAUUAUUCUUACUACUCAUUCAAUGGAAGAAGCUGAAGCUUUAUCCACUAAAAUUGCUAUUCAAGUUAAUGGUAAUUUAAGAUGCUUAGGAUCAGUUCAACAUAUCAAAAAUAAAUUUGGAAAAGGUUAUGAAAUUGAAGUCAAAUUAGAAAAACCUACUACUCAUGAAAUUGUAGGAUUGAUAUCCAAAAUGUAAUCAUCUCCAGGUUCUAGACUAGAUUAACAAUAAUCAUUUGAAAUUCUAAGAUAAUUAGGAUAAACUAAUCUAGAACAAGAAAUUAAUAUGAGAGGUGCAGGCUCUCAUAUUUAUAAUGAUUUAAGAAAACUAAAUGGUCUUGCAAUUGAAACUUUAGCAGAAUUUAUUAUCAUUGAAGGAAUGGGUAAAGUUCUCAUGGAUUUCAUUAUUAGAUCUUAUGGUUAAUUUGAAAUUAUAGAACACUUUUAAACAUUUUAUAGAUUCCGACUUAUGGGACAAGUUACUGUUGGAGGUUUAUUCGAUGGCUUUGAAAAAAAUGUAAUUAUUAUUUUAUAUAUUUAUAGAAAAAACCUUUAAGAAUUUCUCAGUAUUCCAUUAAACAAGCUUCAAUAGAAUAAAUCUUCAACAACUUUGCUAUCUAAGAUCAUUUAGAAAAUUAAUAAUAAUAAAACCAAUAAGCUAUCCAAAUUCAAAUUCCUACUAAUCUUUAAGAAAUGUAAAAUCUACAAAAAUGAU